CCAAAAUCAAAUUACACUUUAAGGUUUUUGAAAUAUUUUAGAAUUUUAUGUAGGCACCUAACAGCAAAUACAAGAGUUAUUAACAAUGUGUGAAUGUUUUGUUGUUUUCCAGAAAAGAUUUAUAUGAUUAAAUCUGAAAAUAACAUUGGUUGGUUUAUUUCAGAAAGGGCUAUGAGAGAGCAUCAUUAGUUGUUAGGCAGUCUUAGAAAGCAAUAAAAUACCCCUGCUUAUCAGUUUGACUACUUUCUGUAAAAAAAAGAUAUAAAUAAAUCAAAAAACUGUUGCAAAUAAUGCUUAUAUAGCAAGUCAUAAACAGAAAUUUUAACCACUGCAAAAUAAAUCUCAAAACAUUACUUCCAAUGAUUAUAAUAAUUAUUUUUUAAACUCUGAAAAGUUAUUAAUUCAAUACAGGAAUUAUAUGUUACUCCCUCAACUAGAUUCAUUCAUUUAUAAUAUUUAUUUUCAUAUUUAUAAUAUUUAUUUAAUAUUCAUUUAUUAUAUGUAUUUACCUAUAAGAUGGCGCCAAGUAAAGACGCGCGCGACGAAUCGAGCAAUAAAAUCAAGUUUUUCUGCUGUAAAACAAAGCAAACAAGUGCCAUAAUUUGUGUCCAGUGUGGGAGAGUGUACCAUAAAUCCUGUGCAUACCGAGAUUGGGCUGAAAAAAUAUGUAUCUUAGAUGAAAUGCGAGUUGAGUGCCUAGAACAUGACCUAACCUCAACAGAGGUAAAUAAACAAAGAAAUAAUAAUGAAUUUCAAGCAGAAAUUUUACUUUUAAAAGAACUUAUAUGCAAAUUAAAGAGCAAAAAUGAAAUUCUUUGUGAAAACAAUGGUCUCUUAAGAGAGAAAGUUGAAUUUCUUGAGGGAAAAAUAAACAAAAACAAUGAAGCAAUAAACAAAGGCCCCAGCGCCUCAGCUGGGGUAGAAGAGGUCCACAAAUCAGCUAAGAAUUUGAAGCAACAUCAGAUCCAGCUGAGUAAGAGCCUGAAACAGGAAAACACAAACAAGGCCACCAAAGAAAAUGUAAACAACAUUGUUAGAGAAGUUCAAUCACCAGCUGCAAAGGUAAACCAUGCAACUUUGGCUCUACAACCAGAAGAGCCUUUUCAGAAAGAAGCAAACAACAUAAUAGAGGAGAGUUCAGCAAGUAAUUUAGAAGAGGGCAACAACUGGCAACUUGUCACAAAUAGAAAACAAAGGAGAUCAAAGCAGGCGCGACCUGAGCCAGUGCUUGGAGAAAACUGUAUUUUUAGCUUAAGUGUAGCCACAAAAAAGGGAUAUAUCUUCAUAUCUGGACUAGGAGUGGAUGUAGACUCUGCACAACUUGAGAAGUACAUGAAAGAAAAUGCUAAUGUUUCUUGUAAGUGUGAGAAAAUGAAAACAAAAAAGCAAAAAUUUCUUAGCUCUUUUAAAAUUGAAGUGGAGCUUGAGGACAAAAAAAAGAUCAUGAACUCGCAGCUAUGGGGUAAAGGUGUAGUGGUGAACCAUCUUUUACACCUGAGAUGAGAUCCAAACAACCACCGAUAUCAGGAAUAAUAAACCCAGACGUUCAAAUAUUUACACAAAAUAUCCAGUGUAUAAGAAAUAUGACAUUAGACUUAGAAGUCACUCUAGAUAAACUUAACAAAAAUUAUGAAAUUUUAUGCCUGAGCGAGCACUGGCUCAGGCCAGGGGAGGAGAAUUUCAUCCACAUUGAUGGGUACCAACUGCUUACUUGUUAUACGAGAAUACACAGUCAGCACAGAGGUGUUUGCAUUCUUUUUCAAGAUGGGAAGGAAAAAUAUUAUAGUGAGAUGCUUAAUAUACAGAACUACAGCAUUAAAGGACAAAUUGAAGUAUGUGGAAUUUUAAAUAAAAAUAAAAAAUUAUUGAUUCUGUGUGUAUAUAGGUCAUGUCUUGGUGACUUUAAUGUUUUUCUUGAUGUCUUUGAGGAAUUGUGUCAGAGUUUAUGUUCAGCUUUCAAGAAUUUUAUGACAGGUGAUUUUAAUGUCAAUUUAUCGUCAGAAAAAAUCUAAAUGAGAGUGGAAUGGAAAAGCAGAAAUUUUUGGAUCUUUUACUUUCUUAUAAUUUUAAUCAAACAAUAUUUGAUACAACAAGACCAAAUCUAUUAAAUAAAAUAUCAUGUAUAGACAAUUUUUUCAUUAAGUUUUUAGAUUUUAGCAAUGCUGAAGUAUUGGAAACAGCCCUUUCUGAUCACCAUGCAAUACAGAUCUCAAUUAAUACAAGUCUAAACACCAACAAAGAAGUUGGUGCAUGGAAAAUGGGGAGAAUAUUUUCAAAAUCUAAAUUACAGGCUUUAUGUUCUGAAAUGACUGGCUGUGUGUGGGAUGAUGUGCUGGGGGAGGCGGAUGCUGCAAAAGCUUUUAAUAAGCUGGCAAGUAUUUUGGAUACUAAGCUCAACCAAAUAUUUCCAAUAAAAAAAAUAAAAUCAAAAAGCUCAAAGAAUAGAUCCUGGUUAACACAAGGUAUCAAGAUCUCAUCAAAAAAGAAACACAAUUUAUUUCAUCACAUGAUUUCUGGACAUGUUAGUAAAAAUUACUAUAAAAAAUAUUGUACGGUCUUAAAAAAAGUAAUUAGAGAGGUUAAAAAUUUUUUAUUAAACUAACUUUAAAUAUAUUGCUGAAUUUGAGAAUAAAGGGAAGGCUACAUAGUCUUUAAUUAAAAAAUUUACAAACAAAAAGUCUCAAAAAAAAUCUUUAUUGGAAUGUUCAAAUACUAAAUCUGAUAGUGAAUCUGAUUUUCUUGACACUGUUAAUGACUACUUCUUAAAUAUCUGUCCUGACAUUAACUUUAACAAUAAUAUUGAUCUAAGCAAAAUAAAGAGACAUCCAAACAGCAUUUUUUUGGCUUCUACCAAUCCAACUGAAGUAGAGAACACAAUAAAACAGCUAAAAAAUAAGAGAUCAACAGGUCAUGAUGACAUUCCUAUUUCAUUUUUAAAGCAGAUUUCAGGGCAAUUGGCAAGGCCACUAGCUCAUGUCAUAAACUUAUCAAUUCAACAGGGUACCUAUCCAACACUUCUCAAAAUUGCUCUAGUUAAACCGGUCUUCAAAAAAGACAAUCCCUCUGAACCUAAAAAGUACCGUCCAAUAUCACUGCUCUCCAAUAUAAACAAGGUUUUUAAAAAAAUUAUAUACACCAGGCUUGAAACUUAUCUUGAGAAACAUCAAAUACUGACAGAAUUGCAGAACGGGUUUAGAAAAGGCAGAUCAACAGUUAGGGCUAUAUAUCAACACUGCAGAAAAUUAUUAAAUCAAUUAAUGAUCGAAAAGCUACAAUGGCAAUUUUUCUUGACCUAUCCAAGGCUUUUGACAGUGUUGACCAUUCAAUACUGCUUAAAAAACUAGAAGCCUAUGGAAUCAGAGGAGUUGCCCUCAAACUUCUAGAGUCCUAUUUGUCAAACCGUAGGCAGUGUGUAGUUGAAAGAAUGAGUGAUGGUAGACAGUUCAAGUCUGGUUACAAAGAAAUAAAAAAAGGUGUGCCUCAGGGGACCGUUCUGGGACCAUUGCGGUAUAUAAUCUACACCAAUGAUGUCACCAAUGUCUAUGAUGAUAUGGUUAUGUUUGCUGAUGACACAAGUCUUAUAUGCAGCAAAAAUACAGAUCAGGAGUAUGCAAAUCAAGUGGCCCAAACUGUUGGAUUGCUAGAAGACUGGUUUAGCAUAAAUAAUCUUCUGCUGAAUGUCAACAAAACGCAAAUAUUAAACUUUAAACAACGGCCUAGUGAAAGCUCUCUAGUGCAAAUUGGAAGGACAGAGAUAAGAACACAGCAGUCAGCUAACUUCCUUGGGGUAAUGAUGGAUGAAAGAUUGGAUUGGGGUGUCCAUGUUGAGUUGGUGGCAGCAAAUAUGUCCAGAUAUUGCUUCGCUUUGAGACUAAUAACACAGGAGGUGGGUACAGUGGCUUCCCUUUCAGCAUAUCAUGCCUAUAUACAGUCCAGAGUCAAAUAUGGUAUAAUUCUUUGGGGGAAUUCGGGGGACUCUGAAAGAGUUCUUAUCUUGCAAAAAAGGUGCUUGAUAUUCAAUUUAACCUAUUAGGAAUCCUGUAAACCAUAUUUUAUUAAUCAUAACAUCCUAACAUUUUAUUGUAUUUAUAUCUAUGAAUGUGUUUCGUUUAUCCUUGACAAUAAAAUCUUUUUUGAGAAUCUGAAAGGGCAACAUCCGCAUAAUACUAGGUUCAAAAACAAUUUCAAGACUAGUAAACCAAAUUUUACAUUUGUUAAGAAAAAUGUGGUACAUAGUAUUUUAGAUGUCUGGAAUAAACUCCCAAUAAACUUCAGAGAAAAAUCAGAUAAAGAGAUAAAGAAAGAUCUAAAAAUAUAUCUGCAAGAAAAGGCCUUUUAUUCUCUUCAUGAGUAUAUGGCUGAAAAUUUAAAUGAAACUCUCAUCUAGUAUUGUGUAUUAGUGCAUGAGUUAAUUUGUGAAUGAAUGUUAUAUUUUCUUGUUAUUUAAUUUUUGUG